UCUCACUCUCCAUUCUCCAAAGCUUGCCCUACACACUUUCUUCCAAUGGCCGCCAAAUCAGUCACUCACGACGCCGUUUCCACGCUCAUCGCAAACCCUUCCCCCAAUUCUUCAUCCGUUUUCCCCGAGAUCGUCGUUCAAGUCCUCGAUCUCAAGCCCAGCGGCAACAGAUACAUGUUUAAUGCUAGUGAUGGAAAAAUGAAGCUCAGGGCGAUUCUUCCCUCGAAUGUUUCCUCCGAGGUGCACUCCGGGAAUAUUCAAAACCUAGGGCUUAUUCGUAUUCUUGAUUACACUGUCAACGAUAUCCCCAAUAAAUCAGAGAAAUACCUUAUUGUCACGAGCUGUGAAACGGUAUCUCCCGCGCUUGAAAUGGAGAUAAAAAGUGAGGGAUCCGAGGAAGGUGUAGUGAAGAGUGAAGGUGCUGCUGGGAUUCUUCUGAAGCCGAAGCAGGAAGUGGUGACGAAAUCUGCUGUUCAGAUUCUACACGAGCAACGUGGAAAUUCGGCUCCUACGGCAAGGAUGGCCAUGACGCGUAGGGUGCGUCCUCUUGUUUCGUUGAACCCUUAUCAGGGCAAUUGGACAAUAAAGGUUAGCGUUACGAGCAAAGGGAACAUGCGUACCUAUAGGAAUGCUAGAGGGGAAGGUUGUGUCUUCAAUGUCGAAUUGACGGACGAGGAUGGUACACAGAUUCAGGCAACUAUGUUUAAUGAUGCUGCGAGGAAGUUUUAUGACAAAUUUGUUCUGGGAAAGGUUUACUACAUUUCAAAGGGGACUUUGAAAGUUGCUAACAAACAGUUCAAAACUGUGCAAAACGAGUAUGAAAUGACUCUAAAUGAGAAUUCUGAGGUGGAAGAGGUAGCUGGCGAAGCGAGUUUUGUUCCAGAAACGAAAUUCAACUUUGUCCAGAUUGAUCAGCUGGGUCCUUUUGUCAACAAGUUAGAACUCGUGGAUGUUGUUGGAGUUGUUAAGAAUGUGUCUUCAACAAUGAGUAUUCGUAGGAAGAGUGACAAUGAGAGUAUUCCAAAGCGUGACAUUACUAUUGCUGAUGAAACGAAGAAGACAGUAGUUGUGUCCUUGUGGAAUGAUCUUGCAACUAAGAUAGGACAAGAGUUGCUAGACAUUGCUGACAAUUCUCCAAUUGUUGCAAUCAAAUCUCUAAGGGUUGGGGACUUCCAAGGGGUUUCUUUGUCGACUAUAAGCAGAAGUGUGGUUCUAAUAAAUCCGGACAUACCUGAAGCAAGGAAGCUCAGAUCCUGGUAUGACCUUGAGGGUAAGGAUGCUGCAAUGGACUCUGUUGGCUCUGGUUCAAGUCCAACGUCUAACAAUGGAUCUAGAUCAGUGUACUCUGAUCGUGUUUCUCUUUCUCACAUAACUUCUGACCCAUCAUUGGGGGAUGUCAAGCCUGCAUUUUUCAGUAUUAGAGGAUAUAUAAGCUUCAUAAAGCCUGAUCAGGCGAUGUGGUAUCGUGCCUGUAAGACGUGCAACAAGAAAGUUACUGAAAGCAUUGGUUCCGGAUAUUGGUGCGAAGGGUGCCAGAAAAACGAUGAACAGUGCAGUUUAAGGUAUAUAAUGGUUGCCAAAGUUUCGGAUGCAAGUGGUGAAGCUUUUGUCUCCGUCUUUAAUGAGGAAGCUGAGAAGAUCGUUGGAUGCUCUGCUGAGGAGCUAGAUGACCUUAGAUCACAAGAAGGAGAAGAUAAUCCUUAUCAGCUGAAACUGAAGCAAGCUACUUGGGUUCCACAUCUUUUCCGUGUUAGUGUUACUCAGAACGAGUAUAAUAACGAAAAGCGACAAAGGAUAACAGCUCGGGCAGUUGUUCCUGUUGACUUCGCUGCUGAGGCAAGGAUUAUGCUGGAAGAAAUAUCGAAGAUGAGAGUAUAAGAUAGAUACGCUGAUUUGCAGUUUCGAAAUCUUUUGGUUAAAUAUUUGAGUUAUGUUACUGGUUGUAAUUAUUAAUUCCCUAGGUGGUUUAUAAUAUACUUUUUGCUGAAUUAGAGAAAUAUGCUCCAGAAUUUCCUAGUGAUUCACAUGUUGGUGAAUUUUCAUUUGCCAUUCUUGAUUCCUUAAAUUCUUUAAUAUUGAAGAGUUGUGAUGAAUGAAUCGCGUUCUUCCUA